AUGUUUCUGAUAGUAGUUCUCAAUAAAAAAUUAAGCUUUCUGAGCAGCCUUAACUAACCAGAGACCGGGUUUUUAUAAGUUUCCCACUGUUAAACUCGGUUCUUCCUCUCCAUAGAGGACAGUUUUUCCGCCGCUCGCUAGAUGAUGCUGCAGCCCCGGUUUAAAUCACACCACCACCGGCCCAGCGUCUUGCAGGGAGACACAGGCGGAACACAACUACCCCUUUGUUGUGUUUUUGUGUGCGUUUAAACUUGCUUCAUUGUGAUGAGCACAUGCGCUUGUUAGGAAGGAAGAAGACGAUGUUGCUGUCCUGAAUGAAAACUCCUCCCCUGCUCUGGCCCUACAGGGGACCAUGCUGGAGAAAGCUGGUGACAAAGUGCAGCAGUCAGGGCACUGCUCAGACUGUGGAUGCAGCUUCAGCCUGCCAGAGCCCGACUCUGACCCUGAUUCCUCCAACCACUCUGUCGCUCCUAAACAGGGGCAUGACAGUCCUUCCAAAUGCCCCUCCUGCCAGGAAGGCAGCAGCCCCCAUAGUAAUGGUCGAAGGCCACACCGGCGCAUGCGCCUGGAGCCUCACAGCUGCAGCCUGUGCACCAAAACCUUCAUCUCCUCCGCCCACCUGACUCUUCACCUGGCCUCGCACAACAAGGAGAGGAAAUUUAGAUGUAGCACCUGUGGCAAGUACUUCCAUCAGUCCUCCCACCUGAUGGCACACAAAAUAAUUCAUAGCGGAGAUAGGCCAUUUAAAUGCCCAGAGUGUGGGAAGACCUUCGGCCGCGCCUCGCAUCUGAAGACCCACCGUCGCCUCCACACAGGUGAGAAGCCUUUCAAGUGCACCUACUGCGACAAGUCGUUCACCCAAAAGGCCGGGCUCCUGGCACACGUUCGUCUACACACUGGGGAGAGGCCAUACAAAUGCGAGACAUGUGGCAAGGGUUUUAGCUCUUUGCCACUCUUGCUCUCGCACAAGGCUCAGGAGGCGUCCGGAGAGGCCAAACCAGUGCCUGCACCCCCGCUGAGCCCACCCCAGAAGACCCAAAGCAGCAUGGAGGAUCUGAAAUGUGGGGUCUGCUGCCGCACCUUCGUACGAUCUUCAUACAUCAGGCUGCACAUACGCCUCAACAAGGGACAGAGGCCUUAUCACUGCAAAGUGUGCAACAAGACCUUUGUCAAGCUGGACACUUUUGUGAACCACUGUGACAAACACUUGAGGCAGAAAAAAGAUAAAAACAAGGAGGUUGAAGACAAAGUGGUUAAACCUCCUCUGUUUGUUCCACUUUCCAGGCCUCCUUCUCCUGAGUCCACUCAGGCUUUGUCGUCUGAUGUCAACACACGCUCCAGAUCUAAAGCAAAAUGUAAAACAGAGCCAUGACCAAGAGAGGACAGUUCACUGAGACGACGUCCAUCUUUGACCGAGGAAUGUGUCACAGCAGUUCACCCCCAGCGCACAGUAACCGGACUAAGUCAUUUUAAAGAAACUCACCUCGUACUGAAACAUCAAAUAUGUUUACAAAGAGUUUAUAAUACCAACAUAUUAUUUAAUUUAAAGCAACAUAUUUUAUUUGGAAUAAUGAAUUUCACUGUGAAUAAGAAAUUGUCUUUGUAAAAAUGUUGUUUUAAUGCAUAUUUUAGCCCGAAGGCUAAUUAACAUUUGUGAUCUAUCUGUGGAAUAAAAUGUUCACUCUAAUCUUAAAUCAGUGUUAAAAAAAAAAGUUUAAUAUCUGAAACCAUUUUAAAUCAUGAUUAAGCUGUUGUUUUCCUAAAUGGAUACAAGCCUGUUGGCAUGUAUGUACAAAUAAGGAUGUACUUAAAAUGCUUAUUGUUGAACAAUAUGCACAUUAAAAUAAAGCUAAAAACAU